ACAGCCGCCGGCGGCCGAUGUAAUCCGGACCCGCGCGCCCUCGCCGCUCUGCCCGCCACCUCGAUGUGGUGUCCGCCGCGCUCUCGCCUGCAUCACCAUGAACGCGCAGCUGACCAUGGAGGCGAUCGGCGAGCUGCACGCGGUGAGCCACGAGCCAGUGCCCGCCCCCGCUGACCUGCUGGGAGGCAGUCCCCACGCGCGCGGAUCCGUGGCGCACCGCGGCGGCCACCUGGCCCCCGCGCACCCGCGCUCGCUGGGCAUGGCCACCUUGCUGGACGGCGGCGGCGGCGGCGACUACCAUCACCACCCCCGCGGCCCGGAGCACAGCCUGGCCGGGCCCCUGCACCCCACCAUGACCAUGGCCUGCGAGACCCCCCCAGGUAUGAGCAUGCCCACCACCUACACCACGCUCACCCCGCUGCAACCGCUGCCACCCAUCUCCACCGUGUCCGACAAGUUCCCCCACCAUCACCACCACCACCAUCACCACCACCACCACCCGCCGCACCAUCACCAGCGCCUGGCGGGCAACGUGAGCGGCAGCUUCACUCUCAUGCGCGACGAGCGCGGGCUGGCUUCCAUGAACAACCUCUACACCCCCUACCACAAGGACGUGGCCGGCAUGGGCCAGAGCCUCUCGCCCCUCUCCGGCUCCGGCCUGGGUGGCAUCCACAACUCCCAGCAAGGGCUCCCUCACUAUGGCCACCCUGGAGCCGCCAUGCCCGCCGACAAGAUGCUCACCCCCAACGGUUUUGAAGCCCACCACCCGGCCAUGCUCGGCCGCCACGGGGAACAACAUCUCACACCCACCUCGGCCGGCAUGGUGCCCAUCAACGGCCUUCCUCCGCACCAUCCCCACGCCCACCUGAACGCCCAGGGUCACGGCCAGCUCCUGGGCCCUGCCCGGGAGCCUAACCCCUCCGUGGCGGGCGCGCAAGUCAGCAAUGGAAGUAAUUCAGGGCAGAUGGAAGAGAUCAAUACCAAAGAGGUGGCGCAGCGCAUCACCACCGAGCUCAAACGCUACAGCAUUCCCCAGGCCAUCUUUGCUCAGAGGGUGCUCUGCCGCUCCCAGGGGACCCUCUCGGACCUGCUGCGCAACCCAAAACCCUGGAGCAAGCUCAAGUCCGGCCGGGAGACAUUCCGGAGAAUGUGGAAGUGGCUGCAGGAGCCCGAGUUCCAGCGCAUGUCGGCGCUCCGUUUAGCAGCGUGCAAGAGGAAAGAGCAAGAGCACGGCAAGGACCGCGGCAGCGCUCCCAAAAAGCCCCGGCUGGUCUUCACCGACGUCCAGCGCCGAACUCUGCACGCGAUAUUCAAGGAGAACAAGCGGCCGUCCAAGGAGCUGCAGAUUACCAUCUCGCAGCAGCUCGGGCUGGAGCUCAGCACCGUGAGCAACUUCUUCAUGAACGCGCGGCGGAGGAGCCUGGACAAGUGGCAGGACGAGGCCAGCGCCACCUCCGGGAGCUCCUCCUCCUCCUCGGGCACCUGCACCAAAGCAUGAAGGGAGCCACGAACUCGAACCUCGGUGGAAAAGCUUUAAAUUUAA